AUGCCUGGACCCGACGACGACGCAGUAGAACAGACCGCAGCCGUUAGGACCAACAGCAGCGGCUACGGCCUCAAGGCGGCGCCCAGCUUCUCCACCUCUGGACUCGGCAGUGUCGCGAGCGUGAACAGCUACAGAUCCAGCAGCGUAGACGGCCAGGAGGUGGACGUGGACGACUGCAACGAAGAGUGCGCCGACAGCGACAUCCUCGAGUCCCCGAACGACGGGGAGAUGACCAUCAUGAACGACGACGACGCCGACCUGAGCGAGGAGGAGGAGGAGGUCAUGGAGCACUCGAUCGACUUCUCGGUCAACAGAGCCACGGUCACGCGGGCGGGCGUCAUCCCGUGCUGCGUGUUCGUGGCCCGCGUCCGUUGGGGCACCACGGACUGGGAGAUCUACUUCGGGCAGAAGCAGAUCCUGCGGCUGCACUUCCAGCUGCACCUGUACUGCCUGCUGCACCGCCACAAGUUCAUGCGGGGCGUGCACCUGCCCUGGACGAUCUGGCGCGAGAAGCGCGCGGAGAAGCGCGUGGCGGACGUGUACGUCGUGCAGGACUACAUCCGGACGCUGCUCAAGGACAGGGACCUACGUAACUCAGAGCCGCUGCUGUCGUUCCUGGAGGUGAGUCCGUCACGCGCCAUGCUGCGCCUCGGACCGUCGCUGAAGGAGGGAUAUGUGCACAUGCGCAUCAACGGCCCGUUCCAGCUCCCGCUGUACACGUGCUUCAAUCGCACUAUUGAGGCGCUGUACAGGCAUCUGUACCGCGCGUGGAUGCGCAUUGCCUUCGUGUCGGCUAUCGUGGGCUUUAUCUUCCCGGUCUGUCUUGUGAUUGUGACGAGUCUGCCGACUUUCUUCUCGCCCCAGAAGGAGCUCGUGAACUCGGAUUCAGGUACCAAGGAGGUGUCCACGAAGCUGAACACGGCUGGAGUCUUCUUGGGUCUAGCUGUUCUCGCAGGUAUCAUCUUCUUCGCUGGAUUCGUGUACAAGUUCUUCCAGCAUCGCCUUGGUGUCAUUCGACGAUGGGUCGUUCUGAAGCCCUCAUGCUUCGCUGCCUACCGGAAUCGGAAUGACCGCGAGCCUAGUGAGGUGUUCUUGUUCGAUAAGACGUUUACGGCUCGGAAGGGAAGCUACAGGCAAGGUGUCAGUUGGAUGCCGAGUGGACUGGUUGUCGGAAGUAAAGCUGGUGACAUCGAGAUCGACACGGGACACUACUACACUCGACUGACGGCCUUUAUCGCUCUCAUGGGUGUGUGUUACGGUAUCAUGCGUCUAUCGAACAGCAUUUACGACUUUGAAACUCUAAGUCUGGACAAGAGCUUGGGUGUGCCGAUUACGAAUGCGUCCGGAUACGAGAAUUGGACGGAGACCAACGAUAUCGAGUACUGUGGAUACUACUUCACUGUGCCGCAUGGAGUCACAGUCUACGUUGAAAGUGAUGAAGACAAUGCCGUGGUGUCGCAGCUGCAAAUGCCGUCGGCGAAUUCGAUGACGGCAAACCUCGGAUACUUUUGGCAAAGUGACAGCAUGGGCAACAGCUUGAACGUGAUUACGAAUGCGGUGGGGGCUGGCACAAUGAUGAGCGUGGUUAAACCAAUUGAUGCGAAAAACGACCGCUUUUUCGAGUCGGGAACGAACUAUUCGUUGCCGAGCGUUGGAAACUUGACGCUGGAGGGUGUUGAUACGGACAUCGAUGUGCAGAGCUACAGCAACGUUGACAGUUUGUGCGCGAUUUCCGUGCGGAUCUCACCAGUCACGUGGCGCUCAUACAUCUUCUACAUCAUGUUCCUGUUUGCUGGAGGCAUUAUCGCACCAGUUGUAGGUUUCCUGGCCAACUAUUUCGUUACGUACCUGGGCGUGUGGCACCCACAUGUUCGUCGUGACCACUGGUUCCGAUGCGUCCGUCGGUUGCAGAAGCUCAAGCGCCACGAAACGUCUACGCGAUUCAACUCGUUUGCACCGCAGCACGUCAGCACUUUAGCUGAUGAUGACAGCGCAGCGAUUGUAGCCAAAGCCAAGGCCGCAAGGUUACCGCCUGUAGCAGUGGGAAAUACCAGCGGCAGUGCAAUUAACCAGGUGGUAGACUCGGUGGUCAAGCUGGAGGCGGAAGCCGUUGCUCGUUUGGGUAGUGGAAACCUGACGUCUGCUUCCCGGGUGGACAGCAGUACGCAGUCUGAGGAGUCUUUCGAAGCCCCGCCGCCACCACCUAGUGCUGUAAGCUGGCAUGUGGAUGCAGAAGACACUUACGAAGCCAUGUACAAGGCCAUCUCCAACGCCAAGUACGAGAUUUUGAUUGCCGGUUGGUGGGUGUGUCCGGACUUAUUCCUGCUUCGUCCUGGCCGGAAGCUGCCACCGCGUGAACCUGAUGAAGAUCCCAAUGGACAGCAAGUGAACAAAACCAUGUUGCGUCAGUUGCUGAUGAAGAAGGCGGAGGCUGGUGUCAAGAUCUACGUGCUUAUUUAUCGUGAGGUAAAGCUGGCGCUUACGCUGAACAGCGCAUACACUAAGCGCAGCCUGAUGGUGCACCCGAACAUUCGGGUUCUCCGUGACCCGAUUUUCCAGAUCCAAAGUCUGGGUUUCUGGUCUCAUCACGAGAAAAUCGUCUGCAUCGAUCAGUCGCUGGCCUUUGUUGGAGGAUUGGACUUGUGCUUCGGUCGGUAUGAUCACCAUGGGCACCCUAUCAGUGAUCCUAGCGAUGAUCCUGUUUGGCGUGGCAAGGAUUACUCGAACCCGAUCAUCAAGGACUUCGUGCGUGUGAACAAACCGUUCGAAGACCUCAUUGAUCGUGGUUCGCAGCCGCGUAUGCCUUGGCAUGACGUGCACUGCAGCAUUUCGGGUCCGCCUGUACAGGACGUGGCUUACCACUUCAUUCAGCGCUGGAAUUUCGUAUGCUCCAAGAACGACUACCAGCUUCGAACAGGGUGGUGCAUCUGCUUCCGCUCGCGGCGGUUCAAGUUCCUGCCGAAAUGCCUCGUGCCGAUGGACUUCAAUGGAUGGACGCUGCAGUACCCGUCUUCGGACCCGGAAGCUAUGCUGGAGCGGGACGGAUCGACUCGGACAACCAUUCCACUUGUUCGUGAAGAUUCGUUGAGUAUGGUCGAACCGUUCCAAGUGGUCCAGUCGCUGAACCCCAUGUACCCGUGCGCUGCUACGGGCCCCCAGUGGCCGCCAACGUCGUCAUUGAAUCCUCUAAAUCCCAUCCGCCCACCAAUCACGAGUGCCUCGGGAACCGCGGGCCAGUUAGACGAUGGUGAAGUGUUGCGUGCCCAGCGCGGUGAGUCGAUUCUCCAAGUGUUUCAUCCGAGUGCCAGCAUCUGCAACAUUCAGGUGUGUCGCUCAGUGUCGAUGUGGUCGGCGGGUGUACCAACGGAGGCCAGUAUUCAGGCUGCCUACAUGGACGUGAUUGCCAACUCGAAGCACUACCUGUACAUCGAGAACCAGUUCUUCAUUUCCGGAAUGGAUGGCAACGGCAUCGUGCGAAACCGGAUUCUGCAAGCGUUGGUGGAUCGUAUUGAGCGCGCCGUGCAGCGUGAUGAGAAGUUCCGCGUGUAUGUGGUGAUGCCGCUGCUCCCGGCAUUCGAAGGCAACGUCCGCAGUCAUGAGCUCACGAACCUUCACGCAGUGAUGCACUGGCAGUUUGCGACGAUUUGUCGUGGUCGGUACAGCCUGUUUGAGGCGCUAAAGGGUGUAACUAACCACCCGGAGCAGUACGUUGCGUUCUUCGGAUUGCGCAAGUAUGGCAUCAUGCCUAACGGGUGUGUGUCCACCGAGCAAAUCUACAUCCACAGCAAGCUCAUGAUCGCUGAUGACCGGUGCGCUAUCAUUGGUAGUGCAAACAUCAACGACCGUAGUAUGAAUGGCGACCGCGACUCUGAAAUUGCGCUCGUGAUCGAGGACAUGCAGUACGAGGACGGUGUCAUGAACGAGAAGCCGUACCGACGGGGUGUUGCAGCAAGCAAGCUCCGCAUGCAGCUUUUCCGCGAGCACUUGGGCCUGACGGACGAUGACCUGUCCAUUGUGGAUGCGACGUCGGAUCGUACGUGGCAGGCCAUCAAGGCGACCGCUUCGAGCAACACGAAGAUUUUCGAGACGGUGUUCGACUGUGCGCCCUCAAACCGCAUGCGUGCGUUCGUCAACUUCCAGAGUAUUGAAGUGACGCAGAUCUUCGAAAAUCAGCGUAUGAAUGUGCUCAAGGUACCCGGCCGAGCUCACGUGUGGGAUGCCCAGAACCUGAAGGACGGCGACUACGCACCGUGGACGGACGUUAACGGUGUGCCCAUUGCUGCCGACCGCGUGGAUCUGAGAGACUUCGAAGUUGACAACUUCAGGGACAGGAAGAAGAAGUUGUUCUCUAUGGAUCACGACGGCUGGUGCUACGCGCGUAACUUCUCGAUCUUCCAAGAGGUUCGCACGAUGAAGACGGACUACAAGAAGCGCGAAAAGCUCCAGCAUCUUGUGGCUGAUCGUCUGAUGGCCCAGGUGCGACGUCGCCGCUGGGUCAAGAAGGGCUUGCUACCGCCCCGGCCUGAUCCUCGUGAUAGCUCCUUCAGCAUUGCAAGUGAUGACGAAGAGCACGGACGCUUCUACUCUCUCUGGCGGAGACUUCAGCAGGGCGACUUCAGCCGUUCGAACUCCGUUAGUACCCCGACGAACUUCAGUCAUCUGGAUACCGGCGGCAGCAUUGCCAACAGUGUGAGCGUCGGAGGUACGCAUCAAGGUCGUCGUCUCCACAACUCCUCGUCGUUGCCGCUGGAUGGUCCGAUCAUGAUGUCGAACACCACUCCGUCGCGCCCCGCCGUGCUUGGGGACAACCCAUCGUACCCGAACUCGCCAAGCGUUGCGAGCUUCCAGACGCCUCAAAGUCCGUCGAUGAACGCACUCCAAGGCGGUCCGCGAAGUGUACGCGGUGGUCGUACCCAAUCCCUCUUGGGAACUGGUGGAGGCGUCAGAACCCGCGCCAACACUCGCAGCGCUCGUGGGAGCUUCAUCGGCAUGUUCAGUGUCACUAGUGGCAACCGAAACGAUACGGACGAUGACUCGAGCGACGCCGGUAGCGACUACGGUGGAGGCCACGGCAUUCGCGCGUCUCUCAAGCGCUGGUACUCUGCGGUGGACGUGCUGGACUUCGGGCGUCGCUCCAAGUUCAACGCUGAAUACUUCGACGGCGACGACCACCUGAACGGCGACGAUCCGCUGCUCGAAGAAGGCCAGGGCAGCUACCACGCUGCUACGCGCGAGGGUCUGCUGAUGGAGGAGGGCGCGGAAGGCUCGGACGCUGAAGACGCCGACUGCCAGAUCAGCCACGUGCAGACCGCGGCCACAGUCCGCAAGGAGGACGAGACGCGAGCCCGUGGCCAGCUCUCGGAGAUCCGCGGCCACCUGGUGGAGUUCCCGCUCGACUUUUUGGUGGAGGAGAUCCUCAAGCCGUCGGUCCUGCCCGCUGACAUUCAUAUUUAA